GGAGUCAGCCCUGCCAUGAAUCACCCACCUUGUGCGAGGUCCGCAAGCAUGCUUGAUUGAAGGCCUCUACGCCCGCUGCCUUUUGUGUUGCUUGCAGUCUCUCUUUCCCACUCAGCAGCCACACCUGCCAACAUCUUUCUCUAGCGCAGAUCGUCACUCCACAAAAUGGCUGAAGUCGAGCCACAGAGCAUCAAGUCGCGCAUUGCGGCCCUUAACCUGGAAAAGGUACACGCGCCAACCCCUGGAGCGCGACCGACAUACAGUUACGAUGCGGUCACCGUUGCAAAGAAGAAAGCCCCUCCACCCCCACCAGCAAAUCGGCCCCCUCAGCUGCGCGCCCAGACGUCGAACAACCCUCCACUUCUCGACAGCGCGUCUGCCUCUAGGCAUUACAUUGGCAACCAGCCCGACGCAGAGAAGGCCCCUCCACGGGUUUCACCUGCACUCCCACCGCGCCCACCGCCUCGGACCACCAGCCAAAAGUCGCCAGCUUUACCACCACGCAAGUCCUCCGACCGCAGUGUGACCCGGCGCGAGUCCUCUGAGUCCAUAUCCACAAUCGCCUCUGGCGUUUCAACGUUAUCACUGGGUUCGGUCAAGACAAAUGGCAGUAAUGGUAGCACAUUGUACCAGGUUCGCGCGCCUGCGUACGACCCUUCAAAGCUGCCCCCUUUGCCACCAAAGAAGCAGGAGGAGCAGAAGAGUGCGACACGAGAGGCCAUGACCUCAAAGCGUAGAGUUGUUUCCAGUCGAGAGUUGCCGCCUCAGAUCAAGCCAUCGCCUCCGUCAUUGCCCUCGAGACCGUCGCUGCCACCCAGACAAUCUACGAAUGCGUCCGAACGCUCGCCUGAGAGGCCAGUACCAGCACUGCCCGGCCGACCUGCAGUGGUGAACCAAACAAAGAGGGCCAUCGUACCGCCACCACAACGCUCUGCUCUUGCGCUUGGAUUCAACAACAAGGCUACAGUCGAACCGCCCCCCCUACCUUCGAGUCGACCUGCGCCACGUCCAGAUGCAGGAGUGCCGCCCCCUGUCCCGAUGUCUUCCAGGCCCAAUUUAGAUGCGAUCAUGGCAUCAAAACCAAAAGCUGGGGCGGUCGCUCAGUGUCUUAUCUGUCGCGACUUUUCGGGUCCUGACAGCCAUGCUGCUAAGUUUCCUCGACAACAGCUACCCUCAUCGAAUGUCGGCUACCUCGCUGAUCAGCUUUGUGGCCCGUUCUCGUCAGCCACUGACAAAGCGAGAGCGAUCUUCACAUGGUUGCAUCAUAAUGUCGAUUACGAUACCCAAAGCUUCUUUGCUGGAAACAUACAGCCGUCGACGCCUGAAGGAACGAUCACAAAUGGUCUUGCAGUAUGCGAAGGUUACGCUAGCCUGUUCGCAGCUCUUGCGCUCAAGGCUGGCCUCGAGUGUCUUGUGAUCUCGGGCGCGAGUAAAGGCUUUGGGCACGCCCCAAUGGGCCCUAACGAUCCUGUACCACCUUACCAAAUGACGCAUGCCUGGAAUGCUUGUCGAAUCGAUAAUGGUGUGUGGAAGCUGAUUGAUCCAUGCUGGGGUGCUGGCCACAUUGGUUGCCAGCUCAAGAAUGAAGGCUACAAGCGAGCCUUCAGCCCUCAGGAGUUCGCAUCAUCCAACAUUGAAUUCGGCAUGAGACACUUCCCUGGAGACAGCUCUCAGCAAUUUCGUGAAGACGGACGCAUUUUGUCGUACGAGGAGUUUAUGAGAGACGAUGCGGGUGGCAGAGUGCACGUUUAUGGAGGCGCACAGACUGACCAUGGUCUUGGAGAGCGCACCUUCGAGCCGGCACUGCUCAACAUCAAAGUCCGUGACCCGAAUGGACCUCCCGUCGUCCGCUUCCAAUUUGCUUCCGUCUGCGAGCACUGGGAUAAUGCUCGACACGGAAAGGGCGCGCCUUACGUUAUGCUGCUUUCCAUCGGCGGAGUCGACGGCCGGAAAGAUGAACAUCGGCCCUUCAACACCAAUGGCCAGGUCUGGUGGCUCGAUGUUCCCCGCGCUGAACUGGGCUGCGCCGGUCAGAAGGUCAGCGUAUGUGCAGUGACAGAGUUCUGUAAGAAGGACGCGAGAGGCUUGACUUACGAGCAGUGGAAAAACAAAACAGCUUACAGCUGCCAGUUCGGUGGCAUCUGUAUGUGGCAGUUGGUCUGAUGGAGCACUCGAGGCAUAUAGUGCUGAUGAUUCGAAUACCCUGAGUUUAACAUAGUUUGACAUAGAUAAUCAUAAUGAAUGUGUGGCCACAGAUCGCUCAAAAUCGUUAGCUAUAUACACCGUCACGCGUAGAGCGAGAUGUGUGAGUCUCGAGCGAAUCACGUGAUCGGCGCAGGUGUAGUGAUUUAA